UUAAAGCAGUCAUUACAGCUUUUUUUCACGAAAAUAUCAUGCAAUAACGUCGUGUUCUCCGCAGAUGGCCGCCACAGCAUUAAGGCAGUUGUGUCGAUUAGGCCCCAAAGUCGCUUAUUCUGCUGCCCUUCCUCUUGGACAAAUUCAGUGCCCGGGUAUAAGGUAUCAGGUGCCGGGUAUGAGGAUGGCGUCGACUUACAGGGCGGCGGUUCUGAAGGAGUUUGGCCAAGAUCUUGAAGUUCAGGAGAUGAAGAGAAGGAAACUGAAGAAGGAGGAGGUGAGAGUAGCAGUGCACAGCUGCGGUGUCAAUGCAUCAGAUGUUCUCAUGGUUGAUAACAAAUACAACCAGGUCUUGAAGCCUCCCUUCGUCCCUGGCUUUGAGAUCUGUGGCGAGGUCAUUGAGGUUGGAGCUGAGGUGAAGACGCUGGCCAAUGGAGGCCGCGUCAUUGGCAUCAGCAAGGAGAGCCUCGGCGGCUUUGCGGAGGAGUGUGUUUUGUACGAAAAGGACCUUUGGGCAGUAGACCAUGCCGUUGGUUUUGACUAUGGCGCAGCCCUUGCAGACACCUACGCAACAGCACUUAUUGGACUCAAUCGCCGUGCGGAGAUCAACGAACACUCAACGGUACUUGUGACAGCUGCUGCAGGAGGCUUAGGGUUGGCAGCUGUUGACCUGGCUGCCAACGUUUACAAGGCGAAGGUCAUUGGCGUGUGUGGCACCGAGGACAAAGCUGACCUCGUGAGGCAAAAGGGUGCUUGGUCGGCUCUCAAGUACAACAAGAAGCACGUGGAGGCCAAAGUGAAAGAGGUGACAAACGGAAAAGGCGUAGAUGUCAUAUUUGAUGCUGUAGGUGGCAACAUAUUUAACGAAACGCUCUCUUGUAUCGCGCAUGAAGGGAGUGUAAUUGUUGCCGGGUUUGCCAGUCGCGUCAUCCCACACAUCGAAACCAGCCAACUCCUGCCAAAAGCUGUCUCUCUAAUUGGCCUUUCUCUCACGCAUUAUAGGGAUGCUGACAAUUCAGUUUACAGGCAAGCUAUUGAAGACGUGAUAGAAAUGCAUGAAAUGGGACUCAUCAAACCACACAUCUCAGCCAAUUUCAAGCUGGAGCAGACCGGGGAGGCCUUCGAGUUCCUGAGGGAGAGAAAAUCCACGGGGAAAGUGGUGCUUGAUAUCCGAUAGUUAGCUGUUUACUGUUAAUAAUUAUUGGCAAUGUUUUUAUUUUGAUUACUGAUUAAUUUCCUUUGCUUUCUUUUUAUGUAAAAGGAAUAUUAUGGGAAAUUUCUCUCUUCUUUUUCUUCUUCUUUGUGUACUUUGGAGGAAUAUUGUAGGAGCUUGCGAUACUCAGUCAUGUCUUGGUUUCAUUCCCUUGUGAAAAUAGUGCACAAGUUAUGUUACCUGUUGCUUUAGCUGUAAUAAAAUGUCUUAGCUAUAGAUUAUAUAGAUAUGUAAAUAUAUAUAAAUAUAUUCUUUGUCUUGGGUAUUA